UCCACCAGGCGGCAGUGCUGAUCCAAGUGUAUGGGGGGAAGGGGGAGCGGGCCGUGACCCUCGACAGCAGCUUGCUGGGCCGCUUUGGGCUGGCAGACUUUCCUCCCACACGUCCCCAGGCCCGGGGUCCCCCAGGUGGAGAUGACCUCUGACGUGGAUGCUGACGACACCUUGAACGAGUCAGCCAGGGUCAAGAGCUUGGACAAGGCCAACAGGAUCGCUAUGGCCAAUGACAAGGGCCGACUGCUCCGACAGGAGGAGGUGGAGGGGCUGGUGCAGGAGGCCCAGAAAUCCAAGGCCGAGGACCAGGCUCAGUGGCAGAAGGGGACGACCCUGCAGCCCUGGGUCUUCCAUGUCAAGAGCACCGUGCUGGAAGGUGGUCUUUGGGGCGAGAUCAAAGACGAAGACAGGAGGAAGAUGGGCUGCAAAAGUGCCAUGAGGCCCUCUCCUGGUGGGAGGGCAACCAGCUUCCUGAGAAGGAUAUCUGUUCUCUGGCCCUGUAGGAAUAGUCAUCCUAGUUGCAGAGAGGAAUCUGGGAAACAUCCAUCCUACCCCACUUCUACAAAUCAGGAUCAAAAUACCCAGGAAUGGCCGGAGAAGAUGAAGUGACUGUAAACCAAAUACCCUCAGCAGCUAAGGACCAGAGAAGUGAUUUGGAAGACAAUUUGGACAGAGUCCCCAGCAAUUGCUGCCUUGCCCCUAGCUAUCAUAAGGAUUUAUUGAAGCUUCAGUCCUCCACUGCCAUCUCUUUGGUGAUGGCCAGAAAUGUGUUCUGAAUCUCAAGUCUGUUGUAAAGUGUCUGGUGCUUUCACUGAUAGAAUGAGAAAUGUAUGGGGUGAGGACUGCUGGGUAGCUCAGUGAAUUGAGAGCCAGGCCUAGAGAUAGGAGU